GACGGGAAAACAAACAGGAAAAACAAACAAAUAACAGCUGUCAGUCGGUGCGAAGCCGAUCGAAACCCCAUCACUUUUCCAGGUCGGCACCGUCGGGCGCCGAUUUCCGUAAUGUCCAGCCGCCGAGUGGUCAUCAAGGAUAAGGGCAGGGAUCGGGGCAAGGACGAAGAUAAAGCCGAGGGCGACGACGACGGUGGCGGGGAGCGGAGAAGGAGGAUGAGGCUGAGAAGGCGGCAGUCGGCGGGAGAUGGUGCAGAUCCCAACAACGAGGCCAACAGCAAAAUGCCACUGACCGCCGAGGAUCACGUAAAGCGCCAGUCCGUGGAGCGAUUAGAAAGCGAUGGUAACGAUGGCAACGAUGGCAGCAGCGCCGGCCCGUCGGAGAGCAUGGCCGGCGGAAAAAAGAAGAAGACGCCCAGGUACCGGCUUAACUUCUCCAUCAAAAAAUCCGUGAUUUCAGCGGGUGGUGGUGGCAAAUCGCGCAGCGCCAGCACCACCAAAAUCACCACCGGUGCCUCCCUCAUUCCCGACCUCAAUCUCAUUAUCAACCGGAUGCGCAACAUGCCCGACGACACGUUCGUCUACAUGGACUACAUGCUGCCCCACGACAGCGAGUACUUCACCCCGUACAGCCUGCGCCAGGUGGAGUACAAGGAGCUGAACACCUACGAACCCUUCUACACCGUCACCCGCCACGGGGUCACCUACUGGCACUGCUCCGAGAACUUCUUCACGCCACUGGACCAGUGGCAGCAGGAGUUCGAGCAGUUCCUCAGCAUCGUCCAGAUACGAUCCUUCGCCAUCUUCCGGCUGUGGAAGGGGUUCAAGGUGUGGCAAAAGACGAUCAAGUGGCGAAAACUGAACGAAGCACGCGACUAUCUGCAAAAUAACCUCUUCAUCGUGAUUCCCCAUCUGGCCAAGGCAAUUCUGCGCAUGCGCAACGAAAUUGUCCAGAUGCAGCGACUUAAUUUCGUGAAUGUCUCCAACAUCGAGAACUGGCAUCCGUUCUACUUCCUGGAAGUGCACAUGCGCCUCUACGAGCAGCUCCGCAAGACAUUUAUCGAUUUUCGGGAGUUCAUUGGCAAGACCAUAUAUCGAUCCUGCACGGAAGCAAUUCAAGCACGUGGUUUCUAUCCGGAUGACGAGAUCAACUACUACCCGUCGCUGAAGAAAAUGCGUGAGGCGCACAGCUUUAUGGAUCGCGCUCGAAAGCGAGCCUUUUGCAAGACCUUGACCAAUUUUCUCACCUACUGCGACAUGAUGAUCUACCAAAUGCUGUACCGCAUUACGAUCAAAAGUUUCGCCGAUUUGGCCCAGGCCUUCGAGUUGCACGAUGAGCUUGGUCCUUCGGAGGAGGAUAUAAACAGACACAAUCGGGUGGACAAGCCGGUUGAGAGGCAACGGCCGGAGGACAAGCCGCAGAGUCCGUUCUUUUUGGCCAUGUUGCGACUGCUGCCCGAUCGCAUUGAUGUGGAGCCCUCGGAGGAUGUGAUCAGGAUUAUCUUUCAGCGCAUCACAGGGCUUAUACUUGAGACGGUCCUCGAUAUCCACCCAUUAACCACUGAUCCCUACUUCUUGCAGUACACUAAACCCUCGAUUAUGGGUCGUCAGGAGGAGGUGCUAUACGAUGGAGCCCCCGAUUUGCACUUUUUGCUGCGCUCUGAUCAACAAUUCCAGUUUAAUCGCAAAAACAUGUUCGCGUUGAUCCGCAAUGCUUAUGAUAGAGCUAGUCUUUAUACCCAGCGGUUCAUGGAAAUACGUGAGAACUUUGAGAUAGACAACAGCACAGAUCCCGCUGUUCUUGACACAGAGAGAGAUCUUCAAGUGCUGCGGGCCUACUGCGAUAGGUACUGCAAUAAUUUGAGAGCUUUAGACGGAAUCUUGGAGUAUGUGUACCUGGGACAACUGAAGCUCACCCAGACGAACUUCAAGGAUACGGUGACGCCAGUUUGCUCGCGACUCCAGAACGUCCUGGCCACCUACCUGCCCAAAUUGGCCGAGGAGGAGACCACAAGGCUCUACGAGGAGGCCCAGGACUUCUUUGGCCGGAUCUGCUAUGAGCCGCACGAAACGCUGGAAAUUGUGGCCCACAUCCGAUUCCUGGACCAGUGCUCAUCCGAACUGGACGAGAUUUUCGAUGGCAUAGACUAUGUGCACGACCUGCUGCUGAUUAUCAAGGACUUUGGCAUACCGAUCGAAGACCAGGCCAAGGAGGACUACAUGGACACCGAGGACUAUUUGAAUCGAACGCGGGAGACGCUGGAGGAGAUCAGGGAAAAGCGGCAGGAGUUCAUCAAUCGGCUGGAGGACGCCAUGCAGGAUGACAUAGCGACACUCAAGGAGGAGAUACACGAGGUGGCCAUUGAAGCUCUGCAGCCAUGGCUUCUGGAUGCCAAUUCCAACCGAUUGUCGGUCACCAAUAAGCUGGACGACUUGCUGGAGAGCCUAAACAAAUGCCGCGAGAGAGCCGACGAAUUCCUGGGCUACCAGAAGGAGUUCCAGAUCGAUCUGACCAUGUACGAGGAGAUGGCCAACGGCUUCUACGACAUACGGAUGCGCCAGAAUCUGUACCGCACCUGGUCCGACUGGGAGGAAUCGCUGGCCGAGUGGAUAGCAGCCGAUUUCGGCACCCUCACGGUCAACGACUUGGUCGAGCUCAAUGCCAAGACCAUCAAGAACUGUCUGCAGUUCCAAAAGUACCUGCCCGAUAACAACAUUGUGCCCGUGCUCUUUAAGUCCGCAGAGGCCUUCAGGGAGAAGCUACCCGUGAUUGGCUACCUGCGUAAUCCCAAUCUCAGAGCUCGUCACUGGGCGGAGAUCGAGGAUCUGCUGAAUCGAAAGUUCUUCCAGGAGAAGGACAUUAAGAUCCAAACGUACGAGGAUGUGCACGCUUUCGACGAUGUGAAUAUCGGCGAGGCCCUGAUGCAGAUAUCCUCGCAGGCCACCGGCGAGGUGCAGCUGGAGAACAUGCUGAAGGCCAUCGAAGCCACCUGGAAGGAGACGGAGCUGUCCAUUGUGUCGCACCACGACGCCAAGGAUGUCUUCAUCCUGGCCGGCACCGAGGAGCUCCAGGCGGUCCUGGACGACUCCAAUGUGAAUAUCAACACCAUAGCCGCCUCCAAGUUUGUGGGCCCCAUCAAGGGAAAAGUGAACGAGUGGAUUAACGCCAUGGAUCAGUUUAGCAAGACCUUUGAAAGCUGGAUGGAUUGCCAGGGCGCUUGGAUUUACCUGGAGGCCAUCUUCGCCUCGGCGGAUAUCCAGCGGCAGCUGCCCCACGAGGCCAAGAUGUUCUUCACGGUGGACAAAAGCUUCAAGGAGACGGUGCGGCAGGCGAAGAAGGUGGCCCUGGCCCUGCCCACCAUGUCCAGUGUGGAGGUGCAUAAGGUCCUGUUGGAGAACAACCGGUUGCUGGACCUCAUCUCCAGAGGAUUGGAGGCCUACUUGGAGGUGAAGCGGGUGGUGUUCCCCAGAUUCUACUUUCUGUCCAACGAUGAGCUGCUGGAGAUCCUGGCCCAAACGCGCAUUCCGCAGGCAGUGCAGCCGCACCUGCGCAAGUGCUUCGACGCCAUCUACCGGCUGGAGUUUGGAACCAAGGAGGGCGGCGACGGGAAGAUGGUGGCCACCAACGAUAUUGUGGCCUUCCUGUCGCCCGAGGGCGAGAAGCUGCAGUUCGGCAAGGGACUGAAGGCCCGUGGGGCCGUCGAAGAGUGGCUGAGCAAGGUGGAGGAGGCCAUGUUCGUGGCCGACAAGCGGUACAUGCGGUUCGGAUACCAGUGCUAUCCGGCCAAGGAGCGCGAGGAGUGGUUCCAGGACCAUCCCAACCAGGUGGUGUUGACCGUCUCCCAGGUGCAGUGGGCCGCCGACAUCCAUCGCAUCUACGAGGGCAAGGAGCGCAAUCCCCUCAACAUCAUCGAGAAGAUGGGCAAGUUCGAGGUGAAGUGCCUCAAGGAUCUGGGCGCCCUGGCCGCCUUGACCAGGAAGAGCAUCAGUUCGCUGCUGCGCAAGGUCCUCUGCGCCCUCAUCACCAUCGAUGUGCAUGCCAAGGACUCGGUGCGCAUGCUGAUCGAAAAGGAGGUCUGCAAGGCAACCGACUUCAACUGGCUGAAGAUGCUGCGAUUUUACUGGGCCGAUGAGACGGAAUCGGUCUACUCCCGCAUGGCUGCCGCAAACAUACCCUACUACUAUGAGUAUUUGGGGGCAGGUGGUGUCCUCGUGCUGACCCCGCUGACCGAUCGCUGCUACCUCUGCCUGAUGGGCGCCUUCCAGAUGGACCUGGGCGGAGCACCGGCUGGACCGGCCGGAACGGGCAAGACCGAGACCACCAAGGAUCUGGCCAAGGCGCUGGCCAAACAGUGCGUCGUCUUCAACUGCUCGGAUGGCCUCGACUACAAGAUGAUGGGGCGCUUCUUCUCGGGACUGGCCCAGUGCGGUGCCUGGUGCUGCUUCGACGAGUUCAACCGCAUCGACAUCGAGGUGCUGUCCGUGAUUGCCCAGCAGUUGAUCACCAUCCGGACGGCCAAGGCCAUGCGGGUGAAGCGCUUCGUCUUCGAGGGUCGCGAGAUCAAGAUCAAUCACUCCUGCUGUGUGUUCAUCACGAUGAAUCCCGGCUACGCGGGUCGCACCGAGCUGCCCGACAAUCUGAAGGCCCUGUUCCGACCCAUCUCCAUGAUGGUGCCCGACUACGCGCUCAUCUCGGAGGUGAUCCUGUACUCGGAGGGCUUCGAGGACCCCAAGAUCCUGGCCCGCAAGAUGGUGCAGAUGUACCAGCUGUGCAGCCAGCAGCUGAGCCAGCAGAAUCACUACGACUUCGGCAUGCGAGCCGUGAAAUCGGUGCUGGUGAUGGCCGGUGCCCUUAAGCGAGCGUCGCCCGAUCAACGCGAGGACAUCACCCUGAUUGCCGCCCUGCGGGACUCCAACAUACCCAAGUUCCUGGCCGACGAUGCGGUCCUGUUCCGCGGCAUCCUCAGCGAUCUGUUUCCCGGCGUCGAGCUGCCGGACUCACAGCAUCCGCAUCUGGAGGAGAGCUUGCGACUGGGACUGCGGCAGAAGAACCUGCAGGCGGUGCCGACCACGAUCCGCAAGUGUCUGCAACUCUACGAGACGAUGUGCGUCCGCUGGGGCGUGAUGCUGGUGGGUCCCACUGGCGGCGGCAAGUCCGUGGUGCUGCACGCCCUCGAGUUCGCCCUUGCGCAUCUCUUCGAGAACGAGGUGCAGGACCCAAACUUCCGGCCCGUCGUCAUCCAGACCAUGAACCCCAAGGCGGUGACCAUGAACGAGCUGUACGGCUAUGUGGAUCCCAAGACGCUGGAAUGGCAGGAUGGUCUCCUGGGAUUGGCCGUGCGAACGGCCACCACCAUAGAAGAUGAGAUCCACCAGUGGAUCAUGUGCGACGGGCCCGUGGAUGCGGUGUGGAUCGAGAACCUGAACACGGUGCUGGACGACAACAAGAUGCUGUGCCUGGCCAACUCGGAGCGCAUCAAGCUGACCGCCUGGAUCCACAUGCUCUUCGAGGUGCAGGACCUGCUGCAGGCCUCCCCAGCCACCGUCUCGCGGUGCGGCAUGGUGUACGUGGACCCCGGCGACCUCGGCUGGAUGCCGCUGAUCGACACCUGGCGCGAGGUGGACAUGCGGCACAAGCUGCCGGCACCGCUGGCCGAGUUCUGCUACCAGCUCUUCGUGGGCCACUUCGACAAGGCGCUGAAGAUCGAACGGAAGCGGGCGGUGUAUACCAUCCAUCAGGUGCUCAACUCCAAGGUGCGACUGUGCUGCGAGCUGAUCUCAUCCCAGCUGGAGGCGGUCAAGUGGACACCGCUGGCCGAGGUGCAGGCCAAGGAGCUGCUGACCAAGAUCUUCGCCUGGGCGGUGCUCUGGGCCGUUGCCUCGAAUCUCAAGGAUGCGGAGAAGGUGUCCUUCGAGGAGCAGUGGAGCCGGGCCAUUUCCCAGCAUCCGAAUAUGAGCCUGCCCAACUAUUCCAUGUGGAACUAUCGCAUCGACCUGGAGAAAAUGGACUGGGGCAACUGGCUGGAUAUAAUGGCCAAGUUUGUGUUCGAUCCGGAGACCUCCUACUACGACAUGCAGGUGCCCACGGUGGACACCACCAAAUAUGGCUAUGUGUCCGAUCUGCUGUUCAAACGGGGCAUGCCCGUCAUGUUCACUGGGGACACGGGCGUGGGCAAGACGGUGCUGGCCAUCAGUUGCAUGAAACGCCUGUCCGAGGGCCGUGUCAUACCGGUGAUCCUGAACUUCUCCGCCCAGACGAGCAGUGUGCGCACCCAGGAGAUGAUCGAGGGGCCGCUGGAGAAGCGCAAGAAGACGCAGCUGGGUGCUCCGGUGGGCAAGACGGUGAUCGUGUUCAUCGACGACGUGAACAUGCCCAAGCUGGACACGUAUGGCGCCUCGCCGGCCAUUGAGCUGCUGCGUCAGUUCCUCGACUUCAAAGGCUUCUACGACCGCGAAAAGCUCUACUGGAAGGAGAUCCUCGACGUGGUCCUGGGCUGUGCCUGUGCUCCGCCAGGUGGAGGACGCAACCCACUGACGCCGCGCUUCGUCCGGCACUUCGCCCUGUUCUCGCUACCAAAACCGAACGAGGAGACCCUUACCCAGAUCUUCAAUGGCAUACUGCGCGGCUUCCUGCAGACCUUCUCGUCGGCGGUGCGCAAUCUCUCCGAGGCCAUGGUCAAUGCCUGUGUGGACGUGUACAUGCGGGUGGCCAAUGUGAUGCUGCCCACGCCGGAUCGAUCGCACUAUAUCUUCAAUCUGCGCGACCUGUCCAAGUGCAUACAGGGCAUCCUGCAGGCCAGCAAUCUGAACUACAACCAGGAGAACCAGAUCCUGCGGCUCUUCUACCACGAGACCACGCGCGUCUUCCACGACCGCCUGAUCGACCACGACGACAAGCAGCUGUUCAAGUCGUUAAUGCGGGACGUCUGCCUGGAGCACUUCGAUCGCCCGGUGAUCGAUGAUGCCGAACCGCCCAUUCUCUUUGGCGACUUCAUGGUCUUUGGCAAACCGAAGAACGAACGCAUCUACGACGAGAUCAGGGAUCAGGGCAAGCUGGAGAGCGUGCUCAACGACUACAUUGCCGACUACAACACGGUGGCGGUGGGCAAGCAGAUGCACCUGAUCCUCUUCCAGGACGCCAUGGAGCACACGGUGCGGCUGGCGCGCCUCUUGCGCAGCGAUCGCGGCAAUGGGCUGCUGGUGGGCGUGGCCGGCAUGGGCAAACAGUCCCUCACCCGUCUGGCCUCGCACGUCAACGAGUACAACUGCUGGCAGAUCGAGAUGCGGCGCAACUACGACCUCAACGCCUUCCACGAGGAUCUGCGCGUCCUCUACCGGAUCGCUGGCAUUGAAAACCAACCGGUGACCUUCCUACUGAUCGACAGCCAGAUUGUGGAGGAGGAGUUCCUCGAGGACAUCAACAACAUCCUCAAUUCCGGCGAGGUGCCCAAUCUGUUCGAGGGUGAUGAGUUCGAGAAGGUCAUCUUGGAUGCCCGCGACGGGUGUAAUGAGUUCAGGAAAGAUGAUCUCUGCACGCGUGAUGACAUCUACAAGUUCUUCAUCAACCGGGUGCGCAACAAUCUGCAUGUGGUGAUGUCGAUGAGUCCGGUGGGCGAUGCCUUCCGGCGCCGAUGCCGCAUGUUCCCCUCGCUGGUCAACUGCACCACCAUCGACUGGUUCACCAGCUGGCCCACGGAGGCCCUCUACUCGGUGGCCCUUGGGCUGCUGACCAAGAUCACGCCCAACAUGGAGGAUCGCGUCUCGCUGGCCAGCACCACGGUGUUCAUGCACAAGACCGUUGAGGAUGCCUCGGUGAAAUUUUACAAGGAGAUGAAGAGACACUACUACACCACGCCCAGUAGCUAUCUGGAGUUGCUAAAGCUCUACCAGAAUCUGCUGAAGAUCAAGAACAUGGAGAUCAUUGCCAAGAGGAAGCGAAUUGCCAAUGGGCUGAACAAGCUGCUGGAGACCAAUGAAGUGAUCGCCGUCAUGGGCAAGGAACUGGAGGUGAUGGUGCCCCAGCUGGAUGAGAAGUCGGCCAUGAUGAAGUCGCUGGUGGACAACCUGACCAGGGAGACCAAGCAGGCGGAUGCAGUGAAGCAGAGCGUGCUGGAGGACGAGAUGAAUGCCAAGGAGAAGGCGGCUGUGGCCCAGGCGAUCUCCGAGGAUGCCAGCAAGGAUCUGGAGAUAGCCAUGCCGGCCCUACGCGAGGCGGAGGAUGCGCUCAAGGGUCUGACCAAGGCGGACAUCAACGAGCUGAAGUCCUUCACCACGCCGCCGGCUCUGGUGCAGUUCUGCAUGGAGGCCGUUUGCAUCCUGCUGGGCGUCAAACCCACUUGGGCAUCGGCCAAAGCCAUUAUGGCCGACAUUAACUUCAUCAAGCGGCUGUUCGAGUACGACAAGGAGCACAUGAAGGACGAAACCCUGAAGAAGGUCAAGAAGUACAUCGACCACAAGGAUUUCGUGCCGGCUAAAUUCGAGAAGGUAUCCAAGGUGGCCAAGUCGAUGAGCAUGUGGGUGAUCUCCAUGGACAAGUUCUCCAAGGUGUACAAGGUUGUGGAGCCGAAGAUCAAGCGCAAGGAGGCGGCCGAGGCGGAGCUGAAGGAGGUGAUGACGGUGCUGCGGCAGAAGCAGAAGGAGCUGGCGGCAGUGGAGGCCAAGAUCCAGGGACUGCGCGACAGUUUGGAGGAGAAGCAGCGCGAGUUCCAGGUGAUCCAGGACAAUGUGGAUCUGACCUACGGCCGGAUCAAUCGGGCCGGUCGCCUGACCUCUGCCCUCUCCGACGAGCAGGUGCGCUGGCGGGAAACGGUGAAGAACCUGACAGCGGAUUUGGCCUGUGUGCCGGGUGAUGUCCUGGUGGCGGCCGCCUGUGUGGCCUAUUUGGGUGCCUUCUCGCACGCCUAUCGCAGGGACAUGAGUGCUUUGUGGGUGACCAAGUGCCAGGAGCACAAGAUACCCUCCAGUGCCGAGUUCAAUCUGCUCAAGGUCUUGGGCGAUCCGUACGAGAUGCGCCAGUGGAACGUGGACGGGCUGCCCAAGGACAACAUAUCCAUCGAGAAUGGUAUCUAUGCCACGAGGGCUCUCCGCUGGGCCCUGAUGAUCGAUCCGCAGGAGCAGGCCAAUCGCUGGAUCCGCAACAUGGAGCGGGCUAACAAUCUGCAGGUGAUCAAGAUGACCGACCAGUCCAUGAUGCGGGUGCUGGAGAACAGCGUGCGCCAGGGAUACCCGGUGCUGCUCGAGGAGAUCAACGAGACCAUCGACCCCAGUCUGCGGCCCAUCCUCCAGCGGGAGACGUACCGCUUCGAGGGUCGCGUCUACCUGAAACUGGGCGACAUGGUCAUCGACUAUGACGACAACUUCAAGCUCUACAUGACCACCAAGCUGCCCAAUCCCCACUACUUGCCCGAGGUGUGCAUCAACGUGACCCUGGUCAACUUCCUGGUCACCGAGAGCGGUCUCGAGGAUCAGCUGCUGGCGGACAUUGUGGCCAUCGAGCUGCCCGCCAUGGAAAUCCAGCGUAACGAUCUGGUGGUCAAGAUCAACUCGGACAAGCAACAACUACUGGCGCUGGAGGACAAGGUGCUGAAGCUGCUCUUCAACUCCGAGGGCAACAUCCUCGAUGACGAGGAGCUGGUGGAGACGCUCAAUGACGCCAAGGAAACAUCGCUGAUUAUUGCCGCCCGAUUGAUUGACACCGAGGAGACGGAGAAGGUGAUAACCGCGUCGCGGGAACGCUACCGCAUCCUGGCCUCCCGCGGGGCCAUCCUCUACUUUGUGGUGGCGGGUCUGGCCGAGAUCGAUCCGAUGUACCAGUACAGCCUGAAGUACUUCACACAGGUCUUCUGCAAUGUGCUGCGCUUGGAGCAUCCGCCGCUGGCCGUGGACCUGCGCAUUUCCACCCUGAUGGUGGACGAACUGAAGGCCAUCUUUGACAAUAUCUCACGUGGUCUGUUCGAGAACCACAAGAUCAUCUUCAGCUUCCUGCUGGCGUUAUCGGUGGAGCGGCAGGAGGGACGGGUGUCCGAGGAGGAGUUCCUCUUCCUCACCCGCGGUCCCGUGGGCAACAUUCGGCCCAAGAAGCAGCCGGACCACAUCAAGAUGAGCCAGGCGGAGUGGGAAGCGUGCAUCUUCCUAGAGGAUAACUUCGGCACCUUCUUUGGCGGCUUCACCAGCGAGCUGGACAAACCCUUCUUCAUCCAGAUGCAGGAGAACAAGGAGGUCUUCGACUUUGCCAAAAACAACCAGCCUCCCACGGAUAAGUGGAACAAGCGUCUAAGGAUCUUCCACAAGCUCAUGUUCAUCGCCGCCUUCCGCAAACCGCGUUUCCUGCUCAACGUGGUCUGCUACCUCCAGUCCACAGUGGGCAAGUACUUCACCGAGGCCUCCGGCGGCACCCAGUUGAGCGCUGUCUACUUGGACACCUCGGCGGUGACGCCGCUAAUCUUUGUGCUGUCCACCGGCUCGGACCCGAUGUCGGGCUUCCUGAAGUUCACCACCCAGAUGGAGUUCACCGACAAGUACUACUCCAUCUCGCUGGGCCAGGGGCAGGGUCCGCUGGCGGAGAACCUGAUCGAGAAGAGCCUGCGACUGGGCCACUGGGUGUUCCUGCAGAACUGCCACCUGGCCACCUCGUUCAUGCAGACGCUGGAGUCGAUUGUGCGCAACCUGACGCUGGGCAUUACGAAGGCGCAUCCGGACUUCCGGCUCUACCUCUCCUCUAUGCCCAUCCAGACGUUCCCGAUCAGUGUGCUGCAGAACUCGGUGAAGAUCACCAAUGAGCCGCCCAAGGGCAUCAAGGCGAAUGUCCUUGGGGCGAUGACGGACCUGAAGCCGGACUUCUUCGAGCAGCACAUCCAGAAUGGCCACUGGCGGGCCAUCGUCUUUGGGCUGUGCAUGUUCCAUGCGGUUCUGCUGGAGCGCCGCAAGUUCGGUCCACUGGGCUGGAACAUUACGUACGAGUUUAGCGAAAGCGAUCGCGAGUGCGGAUUGAAGACGCUCGAUUUCUUCAUCGAUCGCCAGGUGCUCGACGAGAUCCCGUGGGAGGCGAUACUCUAUAUCAACGGCGACAUCACCUGGGGCGGCCGGGUGACGGACUACUGGGACCUGCGCUGCCUGCGCACCAUCCUGACCAUCUUCUCCUCGAAGCGGAUCAUCCAGCCGGAAUACAAGUACUGCCGCGGCGACAGCUACUAUCGCGAUCCACGCAAGAAGACGCUGCUCGAGUACACGGCUUAUGUGCAGGGAUUCCCGGUGCUGGAGGAUCCCGAGAUAUUCGGCAUGAACCAGAACGCCAACAUCGUCUUCCAGACCAAGGAGACGGCCUUCUUCAUCAGCACGCUGCUCCUGGGCCAGCCGAGAUCCGCCGCCGACGAGGGCCAGGCCGCCGAGAACGAGAUCUGCCAGCAGACGAUCACCCGCAUCCAAAAAGCCCUGGCCACCAAAAUCAAACGGGAGCCCAUCCACGACACACUCUCGAUGCUGGACUCCAAGGGUCAGGUGCCAUCGUUGACCAUUGUGCUGAUGCAGGAGAUCGACCGCUUCAACAUCGCACUGGGCAUCAUCCACGACAGCAUGACGAACCUGUCCAAGGCCAUCAAGGGCCUGGUGGUGAUGUCCGAGGAGCUGGAGAACGUGUUCAAGGCGCUGCUGUCCAACCAGGUGCCCGCCUCCUGGGCGAAGCGCUGCUUUCUCUCGAUCAAGCCGCUGCCCAGCUACAUCGCCGACUUCCAGCGGCGCAUCGACUUCAUCCAGCAGUGGGCGGAGAACGGAGCACCGCGCUCCUACUGGAUCAGUGGCUUCUUCUUUCCGCAGUCCUUCCUCACCGGCGUCCUGCAGACCUACGCCCGCCGGCGAGUCCUGCCCAUCGACUCGCUCAAGAUCGACUUCGAUGUGUUCGAGAAGGAGCUGAUCCAGCAGGAUUUCUUCGAGAUGCACAUGAACGACAUGAAUGACCAAAAGCUGUAUGGCAACCUGCAGGAAAGCACGGAUGCGGUCAUCAAUGUGCACGGCAUCUUCAUCGAGGCGGCUCGCUGGGAUCUGAGCCGCGGCGGUCUGUGCGAUGCCAACUUCGGGGAGCUAUUCUGCCGGAUGCCGGUGGUGCGGUUCAAGCCCUGCCUGGAGAUUUCGUCGGUGGUGCGGUACGAGGCGCCCCUCUACAAGACGCAGCAGCGAUCCGGCGUCCUUUCCACCACGGGUCAUUCGACCAACUUCAUCCUGGCCGUCCUUUUGCGCAGUCACCACGACCCGGAGUUUUGGAUAAUGCGCGGUACAGCUCUGGUCUCGGCGGUAUUGGAAAAUAUCUGUUAAUACUUACACGAUGAGAU